UCACUUCUGUAGACUCUUUAAAUUUUGGAAAUGAACUGUGUGUUAAUAAACACUGGUUUUGUAAUCAUUCAAAGUGCAUAUACAUUUGUGGGGGGGGGGCACCCUGUAGUUGGUCUGAUUCAGAGCUUAAGUAUCAAUAUAACUUAAAAGCUCUCCGGAAGCUUCAAGUCUGUAGUUGGGUUGAAACCCUGCAAUAGAGCAUGGUGCUAACACCAUGGGAUCAGAGAAAGUAUAUCCAGAUGUUAAAUGGCAAUACACUUAAGGCAAAACCAAAAGACGAGUAGAUUUCCAGGCAGGUAAGGGGGAGGCGGGCAGGGAACAGUUGUUCCAGGAGAGGGAACAGCCUAAGCAGAGCCUGGAGGUGAGAGGCUUCUUAGGAACCAAAUAAACUUGAUGUGGUUGGAGCCAAUGAGAUGGCCAAGAACCAGGUCGUGAGCAGCUACAUAAAGGAUGCUAGAGUGUAUCCUAAGGGUGGAGCAAAGCCAUCAGAGAGUUUGAUGAAGAUGUGGGCAACAUGUUCAGAUUUGUUUUAGAAGAAUCACAAUUCUGGAGACUAGAAUCUCACAAUUCUGGAGACUAGAAGUCCAAGAUCAAGGUGCUAGCAGGAUUGAGUUCUUCUGGCAGCCGCGAGAAAGAGUCUGUCCCAGCCUCUCUCCUAGUUUCUGAUGUUUUGCUGGCAAUGUUUGGCUUUCAUUGGCAUGUCGAAGCGUCACCCGAUCUCUGCCUGCGUCUUUACAUGCUCUUCUCCAUGUGUGUCCACAAUUUAAUAUGGAUGCCAGUCAUAUUAGAUUAGGGACACCCCCCCCCCCCCCCCCAGUAUGACGUCAUCCUGGGCCCCUGCAGUGACUCUACCUGCAAAGGUUACAUUCUGAGGUAUUCGGGCUUAGGACCUCAACGUGUAAAAUUUUGAGGGAUGCAGUUCAACCUAUAAUACGGAGUGAUGGAAGCUACAUGAACAGAUGGGGAGUGAGGAAAGAGCCCAGAGGAAUUCUGAAGCAUGAAGAAAACGAAGAAGAAAUGACUACAGAGAGAGAAAUGGUGUUGCCAAAACGAACAGGUACCGUGAUCCAAGGAGGUAGAGUCGUUCACCAGGAAAGUGGCAGGAGGACCCUGAUGAGAGCGGGUUUGCUGUGAUGGAAGCUGGUGGAGGAGGAGAAGAUGAAGACUCCAGCGAGGGAAGGUGUUCCCUGUUCCAGCUCCAGGAGAGAUGUCACCUUGGACGAUGAUGUUUGUGCUGCUGCUGCUGCCCCUGAGUCAGGCCGCCCCCAGGGAUGGAACCACGAGGCCGGUUCCUGAAGUGCAGCAGCAGCCCCUACUCAACCCCUUCCAGCCAGGCCUGGAGCAGCUACGACUUCUGCGGAGCUACCUAAAGGGACUAGAGAGGAUGGAAGAGGAGCCGGAGCACAUGAGCCGGGAGCAGGUCCUGCUCUACCUCUUUGCCCUCCAUGACUAUGACCAGAGUGGACAGCUGGACGGCCUGGAGCUGAUGUCCAUGUUGACAGCAGCUCUGGCCCCUGGAACCGCUGACUCUCCCACCACCAACCCAGUGGUCCUGGUCGUGGACGAGGUGCUGGAGACGCAGGACCUGAAUGGGGACGGGCUCAUGACCCCGGCAGAGCUCGUCAACUUUCCCGGAGCGGCCCCGAGGCACUCGGAGCACCAAGAGCCCCCGGAGCCACAAGAUCUGGGGAGGCAGCCCCUGUUAGCCAAGAGCCCAUCAGGACAAGAAGCGCAGGAAGCCUUGGGCCCCAGAGGAGAGGAGGGACAGGUGGAGGCCGAAAAGGAGCCCUUGGAGCCUGGACAGGAGGCUGGGGAAAAGGACCCAGGCCCCGGAGGGGAGGCUGGGGCCCAGGCCGAGGCCAGGGACGCUGGAAAGGAAGCGGAGGAGCUGCCAGGGGAAACACAGGAGUCUAAGAACCCCCCAAGUGAGUUUGAGGUUCAUGCUAUUCAACUGGAGAACGACGAGAUAUAAGCCUCGAGGAUGCAGGUGUGUGCCGGGCAGUCUCAGCGCCAACAUGCGCUCCGAAGGGCGGGGGGUGUGUGUUGGGACAAGGACCACCUCUGGCUGCUCCUGGUCCCAGUAGGUGCAGCUCAUGGAGAUCCUAUGCUGAGGGGCAGCUUUAGGGCCCGGACAACCAAUAAAGAACUGAAUAAACUCA